CGCCGAGCUGCGGGGCGGGGAACCGGGAGGGAUCGGCAGGCGCCGCCGAGGCCGCGCUCGUGUCCGUACGGCGUUACGCAGGUUUUAUUUCUCUCUCUGUCCGCCGCUGCCGGGCCAUGUACCGGCAGAGCUUCCGACCCCCGACGCCUCCGUAUGCGGGCGGCGGGUUCCGCAGCCCUCCCUCCGCUGCCUCGCACCCGCAGCAGCACAAGCGCUCGCCCGGGGGCUACCAGAGGCACUACCAGGGAUCACCCAGGACAUCUACUCCAUUUGGUACAGCGCAUGGCAGAGAGAAAAGAGAGUCUAAUGAUGUGGAAAACUAUUACAGACCUUCAAUGCUUGAGGACCCAUGGGCUGGCCUAGAGCCAGUUUCUGUUACAGACAUAAACCAACAGUACAGCAGUGAGCAAACAACAUAUACUGGUAAAAAAGGGAGGUAUUUCAGUUAACACUUUUAAAGGCCAAAUAACUCCAUCCUGCCAGGAAAACUCUGGGACAAAAUCUUUUUAUUUACACAAGAUGAACAGUAGUAAAGAUAUUGGUUAAUGCUUUUAUUUUAUCACAUUGACCCUUUUAUCCAAUUUUUUUUAAUUCCAUUGGAAAUUUUUAUGUAUGGGGAGGGGAAAGAAGUGGUAGGAUAACUUACCUUUCUGGCUACGUGGAAGUGCCUACCAGCUUUGAAGAACAAAGUGUUCUUUAAUCACCAGCGAUGAUUUGUGACUGUUAAAACAGAUUUCCGUGUGUUUAUCUCUUCCAUGCCAGAUUGUUAGCCUUUUAUUGUAAACUCCUUUAAAUAAUGGUAUUUUUUUAUGUUUCAACAUUUUUAGAAUGAAGUAACUUGGAAAUAAAAUUAAAAUUUUGUAAAUCCUUGUUUUGUAAUGUAUAAAGAUUAUUUUAGGACUUCUGUUAAGGGGUACUGAUUAACAGAAGUAGCACCACUUAUAUUAGGUGACUUUGUAAAUGUGCUUGUAUGCUGUAGUUAACAUCUGAUCUUGUGCAUAGUUUUUUUUGUUAACUGUAGUGCAGUGUGAAACUGAAACGUGACUUCAGCCAUCUCAGGAAAUAGACGUGUUGUCUUACAAAUGUUUAAUUUGUUGAACCAGAUCUUGAAUGCUAAACAUUAUUCUGUAAUACUUACUUCUGUGUUUCGGAGCACAAAAAAAAAAAAGCAUUUGAAAGAAGAUUACAUGUUUCUGGAUUAUAAGCAAUUCUGUGGCAAUUUUAGACUAAUCAACACAAAAUAUGAGAAUUAAUUAAAUGCAAAUGUACUGCCUGGAUUUACCUUUAGAUUAGCAUAGAAUGAAUGGAACUUUGUUGUACAGUUGACAUUAGUACAUUAACAGCAUCUUUUUGAUCUGGGUUUUUUAAUUUUUACCUACAGCUGGCAUCUUUGUCUAGAGAAUUCUUGUUUUCAGUGUGUGCAUGCUAUAUUUUUAUCUUGAAGAGGAAAACAACAAGGUUUCUUUUUUUU